AAUUCCUCUUUCUCCGUCGUUGCUCUAUUCCGGCGAUACGUGAAUCUCUGAUCCAAGCAAUUUCACUCUAAUAGCUUGAUUUUCUGAAUUUUACGGAUCUAAUCUCUGGUUUGUUUCUCUUCUCUCUGUGUUAAAGCAUCCAUUGAUCUUUCGUGGGAUGGAUAGUGGAACGAUCAACAUCAAGAAAUGGGUAGUGAUAUAUCCAGUUUAUAUUAACUCAAAGAAAACUGUAGCUGAGGGAAGAAGAAUCAGUGUGAGUAAAUCAUGUGAGAAUCCGAAUUGCAUUGAGAUUAGUGAUUGUUGCAAGCAUUUGAAACUCCCUAGUGCCGUCGAGAUUGACAAAGCAUACCCGCGCGAUUUCAUGCAAGUAGGGAGAGUGAGGGUGCAAUUGAAAAGGGAAGAUGGGACUUUACUCAAUCCAGCUAUUACUUCAAGUAAGACCUCUCAUCUGUAUUCCUGAUUCUAUAUCCGCUCGCUGUUAAACAUUUGUCUUUUGUGUUUUCUUUAAGUGUUAUCCUAGUGUGAUUACUUAUGUUGAGCUAGAAAAUGGAAUCUGCUUUAUUUACUCUUGUUGUGUUGUUAAGAUCUCUCCUUGUUACCCAUGUGUGGAUGUGUUCAACCUUCCUACGAAUGUUGCCUGAUACAAACCUGCUUGUUAUCAAAACUCUGGUCUCUGAUAUUAAAGUUCUGCUUUUUUU